ACGAUAGCUCAACUCUGGUUGUUAGCUUGUAGGCUAACUUGUGCAAUAAACUCGCUCCAAUACACUCACGGUUAUUAGUUUGGCGUCCACGGAACUCCGCCGAAGUUUUCCCGAGACACCAUGACCGCCGGACGGCCGUCAGAAGGCGCAGGUUGCAUCAAUUGGUGGGGCUUCAGUCCAGCUCGAGACCUUCUCAGUACAGGCCCUGUGAGACAUGAAGGGGAAGUCAACGUUUUACUGGUCGGCAGCGGAGAUCCGAGACAUAUUCUGAAGACCUUGUCUGGUCUGAGGGAUGAGGAUGUCCUCAAUGUAUGGCUGUUUGAAAACUGCAUGGAGGUGGUUGCCAGACAGAUGUUGCUGCUUUACAUCACGUUGACUCCCCAGGAAAUGAUGGGACUUAAUGAGAAGUCAGAGACGUUCCUGGAAGUGUUUGGCAACAGCGUGAUCCGCAAUCAAACGGACGAGACGCUGCAACGUGCUGCGUCGCAGCUUCUGCUCCACGUCAGCGACAUCCCCGAUUCAGACGUUCACCCCUGCCUCAAUACGUCUCUUCUAAAGUUUAAGGAGCGCGACGAACUGGCCAGGAUUUUUAAAUCCUGGAUGCAGUCUUCUUCUACUGCUCCAGUCUCCAUUUCCAAGGCAUGGGAUUACAGAGUCAGGCAGCACCUCGGGACACGUUACGACUCCAAGAAAGGCUGCUUUGACUGGGACCUAAAUAUGAAGCUACAUGAGAAGGGGUGUGGCGUCAUCAACAAACAUCAGUACGUGCGCUGGAGGGAGAGCGGCCUGGCCUUUGAACUGAGAGAAGGCAUCUACCAAAUUAGCAACCCCACCUUGCUGUCGUUUCGUGUGUUCAACCAGAGAGGGGACAGAGUGGCCCUGAGGGGCUACUGGGGGGACAUUGCGUCCAGUCCUUACCUGGCCUUCGGCAUCGAGACCGAAGACCAGAGCUUGCUCAAGACGCAGAACGGCCAUCAUAUGAAGACAGCACAGGAUAUUUCGUUUGCAAAUAUGCUGGAAAUAUUCCGAUCGAUGUACAGGAAACAAGAACGCCUGGCUGCUCCUCCCUCAAGCACAGAGGAGCAGCACCCACUCACAAAUAUCGCAGUCAGAGAUUUGAUGCGUCCUAAAGGGGUUUCCAUCAAUUUCCUGCCUUUGGAUUCCCUUGGGAAGAUGGUGGAAAAAUGCAAAUUUGCCCAUUUUUAUGACAUCAUCCACUUCUCAGCUAGCUGCGCGCACCAUUUGGGCCCGAAUAUCCGGCAGAUUGCCGCACCAGACGCUGUGCUCAUCGUGGAGUUGGCCAAGUACAUUUUGGACCUAAAUAAAGAGCAAGAAGCUGGUUUUGCCCAGCGAGUGUCCAGCCUGUGUCUGGAAGCCGGAUUCCAACCAUCUUCGGAGGCAAACAGUGAUGACCUUCAUGUUUUUUUUCAACCGCACAAGGACAAGUGACACUGUUUGUACACAGUGAUGCUUACAAGAAUUAAAUGUCAUUAUCUUAUGUCCUAACGGGCUAAUAUUGCUUGAUUAAACUGGCCGGACGAUUAAUUAUGAAAAAUUCAACCGCAAGUUUUGCGUGCAACACAGCAAUUUAUUUAUGUGAAGCGACACU